CGUAAUUGACUUUGACAAGUUCCCUAUCUGAACCAUGGAUGAGGCUCAAACUCUAUUAGACCCUCUCGCAGAGCUAGUAACUACAUACCAUGAGUUGAAUGGCUCAAUCAUCCCAGAGCUCUCGGAAUGUCCCUCCGCCUUAGAAUUUAUGCGGCAUGUCGCCCGCAACAGACCUUUUGUUGUCCGCGGCGGGGCUGCGGGGUGGAAGGCUACCAAGACUUGGAAUGUAGCUGCAUUGAAAGACUUGCUGACGGGUCAGAGUGUCAACGUUGCGGUUACGCCUGAAGGAAAUGCGGAUUCUCCGACCAGAAAUGAAGAGGGGGAAUUGAUGUUUGUAAAACCGUGGGAAGAACAACAGUCUUUUGAAGAGUUCGUUGAUUUUGUCUCCAAGCAAGAACUCAGCAAAGUCCCUGUAGAAUCUGUGACAGAAGUCAGAUAUGCCCAAACUCAAAAUGACAAUCUCCGCAAUGAGUAUGCUACCUUAUUCUCGCAUGUUGAAAGAGACAUACCCUGGGCACGCAUAGCUCUGCAACAAGCUCCUGAAGCUAUCAACCUCUGGAUCGGCAACUCUCUUUCCACAACUGCACUUCACAAGGAUAAUUACGAGAAUAUAUAUGUCCAGAUAAUUGGGCAAAAGCAUUUUGUUUUAUUACCUCCUCUGGCUUAUGCUUGCGUCAACGAACGACAAUUGUCUCCAGCUUCAUACAGGCGGAGUGAAGGUGGAGGAUUGAAGAUGGUGAAGGAGGAUGGUGAGAAGGUCCCCUUUGCUACGUGGGAUCCUGAUCAGGAGGGAAAUGAGACAAGUUAUUCAAAGCUUGCGAAACCGAUGAGGGUUACGCUGAAUCCGGGUGAUAUGUUGUAUUUGCCUGCUCUUUGGUAUCACAAAGUGUCACAGUCCUGUUCCGAGGAAGGUAUCUGUUGUGCUGUUAAUUACUGGUUUGAUAUGGAGUUUGGAGGCAGCUUCUAUCCGCUUUGCAACUUUGCUCGGAGUUCUGCGCUGGCAGCACUCAAGACUUGAAGCUUCUAAAGAUUGAAAGAAUCCCGAGGCUACGUUCAUGCGUCGAGGAUUGCAAGGAUACUGGAUACGUUGUGUAAGUCCUCCAGAGGGUAUACAUCAAGUAGAAGAAGGAUCCUCUCGCUACAGAUCCCGAACGAGAGGAAUUUGGACAGAAUCACGGGGCUACUCAUUGUGCCAACAAAAUUGUGACCCAUUUGUGUGAUAGAAUGGAUUGCGGUGCAGAGUGCUUCGUCCACCAGGAGCGCAAGGAACUUAGGAUGCAGAAUGGUAUUUUCCAAAGAGGAUCGCGAUUGCUGAGAAAAGUCCCUGCUGUAUAAAUAAAAUACCUUGCAAAGCAUUCUUAUACAUUCCCAGGGCAUGAUUUCACGUCAUGUUUCACCACAUACAGCUGAUAGUUUGCAGGCGCUAAUCGGGGUUUGUCAAAUUUCUAUCUAUUAGUACAAUUGUUAUACAAAGAGUCGU